CUUUCUAAAGCUCAGAUGCAGAAAUCUCUGCAACUGCUGGGAAGACUGUUUAAAAAAAAAAAAAAAAAGGAACAUUGUGAAACGACAGAUUGCUGGGGCUCAUCCAAGCCUCCCUGCCAGGACAGCGGUGCUUGCGGCUGCUACUGCCACACGUGCCAGGUGUGGCUUCAGUGUUCAGCGGGCCCUGCGAAGGUGAUGACUGGUGCCCAGGGCAGAGAUGCCGUGGUAGCUGAAAUUGAGAAAAAGAUUGCAGAAGCUUUUGAGGUAUUUGAUCAUGAAGGCAAUGAAACUGUGGAUGUCAGAGAGAUUGGUUCAAUUGUCAGAUCACUGGGUUGCUUCCCAACUGAGGCAGAGCUACAUGAACUCCUUGCAAAGGUAGAAGAAGAAGAACCAACUGGAUACGUUCAUCUAGAAAAGUUUCGUCCAGUGAUGACAAAAGUACUACUCGCCAGAAGCUACAGGCCUAUUCCAGAAGAUGUCCUUCUACAUGCAUUUGAGGCUUUAGAUGAGAAUAAAAGUGGAUACAUUACUAAAGAGGAGCUGGUAAAAUAUAUGACUGAAGAAGGUGAACCAUUUACUGAGGAAGAAAUGGAGGAGAUGCUCUCUAGUGCUCUAGAUCCAGAAACAAAUGCUGUUCGAUACAGAGACUACAUUUCAAUGAUGAUAGUAGAUGAACCUGAAGAUCUUCCACAGUAGAGUCUGAGGUGCCUUUUGGUAACAGCAGUGUAGCUUACCAGUUGGUAGAAAUUUCAAGUAUAACAAAACACAGUGAGUGACUUUGUGCUUAUAAUUAAAAUAAAAUUUGAGUAGUUGUA